AUGACUAGAAGGGAGACUGUUAUCGCUUAUGUGGCCGAAUUUCUUAAUUCUGACAAAGAGUUGGGGAAAGUCGCCAAAGCUUUGAAUGAUUACGUGAAGAAGGAGAAGAUUCAAUUGCCAUCUGUGGCUGGUGACCUCGCAUCGUUGCUUUCACUGAGCGACUUGGAUGAUGUCGAGAUGAAAGGCGGUGAAUCAUCAGACUCAGACUCAGACUCAGACUCGAGCUCCAGCUCCAGCUCCAGCAGCUCCGACUCUGAGGGUGACGCAGACUCCGAGUCCAGCUCUUCCUCUGAGUCCGAGUCAGACGACGAGUCCGACGACGACGACACCAAGUCUGUCACUGAAUCGAUCUCAGAUUCAGAGACCAAGAAGGAGGAAAUCAAGGAGUCUUCAUCCUCCAGCUCAAGCUCUGACUCCGAGAGCGACUCUAGCUCUAGCUCUAGCUCUAGCUCAAGCAGCGACUCAAGCAGCGACUCAAGCAGCGACUCAAGCAGCUCAAGCUCGGACUCCAGCUCAAGCGACUCAGAGUCCGAUGAUGAGGAGAAGAAGAAGGGAAGCAAGUCAUCGUCCAGCUCCGACUCAGAUUCUGAUUCGAGCUCGAGCUCUUCCAGCUCUUCCAGCUCUUCCAGCUCCUCCAGUUCGUCCAGCUCUUCAGACUCGGACUCCAGCUCGUCUAGUGACUCCAGCUCUAGUAGCUCUAGUAGCUCUAGUAGCUCCAGCUCUGAAUCAGACUCCGACUCGAGCUCUGACUCUGAAGAUGAGAAGGAACAGAAGAAGACUCCUUCCAACAAGCGUGAGGCUGACUUCGAAGAGAGCACAACGAAGAAAUCGCAUAUUUCUGCUUCCCCAGAGCCUGAGCUCAAGGAGGGCCAAAGAAAGCACUUCUCUAGAAUCGAUAGAUCCAAGAUUUCUUUCGAAGACACCGUCUUGCAAGACAACACUUACAAGGGAGCCGCCGGCACUUGGGGAGAGAUGGCUAACGAUCGCUUGAUGCAGGUAAGAGGCAAAGACUUCACCAAGAACAAGAACAAGAUGAAGAAAGGCUCUUACAGAGGUGGUUCCAUCACUAUGGCGUCCGGAUCUUACAAGUUCACUGAUUAA